AGGCAUUUUUGUAAACAUUGCACCUCUAAUCUAAUCGCGCAUGUUUACAUAACACUUUUACUUUCGAAAAUUGGCACACGUUUUUUGGCCAAACUCCAUCGCCGUACAGACUCGCCUGUUCGCUGUUUCCCCCGGCGCAGACGCAUCAAGAAAGCCAGCAGCAUGCUGUCCAAAGCGCGGAGCCUUCUCUCCCUCACACGCGUCCACCAUGGAUCGGUGGCGAACGUUCUCGGGGUUCGGUCGGUGCACAUUUCCGAAGCCAAUGUACUGCCGACGGAGGUGAAUCGCCAGUCAGCAGAAUUUAAGGAAAACUAUGGGCAAAUGAACGAGCUGGUCGUUAACCUGAAGCGUGUCACGCAGGAGGUGCUUGCCGGCGGUGGACCGGAAGCGAUCAAGCGGCACACAUCCAAAGGGAAGCUGUUGGCGCGCGAUCGCAUCAAUCGACUGGUCGAUCCGGGCUCGCCGUUCCUCGAGCUGUCGACGCUGGCCGCCCACGACAUGUACGGCAAGGAUGUGGUCAACUCGGCCGGCAUCGUAACCGGCAUCGGCCGGGUGCAGGGCGUGGAGUGUGUGAUCGUCGCUAACGAUGCGACCGUCAAGGGCGGUACGUACUACCCGAUCACGGUGAAGAAGCAUCUGCGUGCGCAGGAGAUCGCGCAGGAGAACAAUCUGCCGUGCAUCUAUCUGGUCGAUUCCGGCGGUGCCAACUUGCCCCGCCAGGCCGACGUGUUCCCGGACAAGAUGCACUUUGGCAGGAUUUUCUACAACCAGGCGAACAUGUCCGCCCGCGGCAUUCCGCAGAUUGCCGUCGUCAUGGGCAGCUGUACGGCCGGUGGCGCUUACGUGCCGGCGAUGGCCGACGAAAGCAUCAUCGUGAAGCGGCAGGGCACAAUCUUCCUGGCCGGACCGCCGCUAGUGAAGGCCGCAACCGGCGAGGUAGUAUCGGCGGAAGAUCUCGGCGGUGCGGAUCUGCACUGCCGCACGUCCGGCGUGACCGAUCAUUACGCGGUGGACGACGAGCACGCACUGUACCUGGCGCGCCAGGUCGUGAAGAACCUGAACCGCCCUGGCAGUGCGAGCUACAGCGAGCUGGCCGGUAGCAGCACGGCCACGAUGAUGGCACGGGAAGGGCUAACGUUCGGCACGGACCCGGAACCGCCGCAGUAUCCGGCCACCGAUCUGUACGGCAUCGUCGGCUCGAACCUGACCAAAACGUUCGACGUGCGCGAGGUGAUUGCGCGCAUCGUGGACGGCAGCCGGUUUACCGAGUUUAAGAAGUUUUACGGCGACGGGAGAACCGUAAGAAGUUUUACGGUGGGGAACAAUGGGGUGCUGUUCUCCGAAAGUGCCCUCAAGGGGGCGCACUUCAUUCAGCUGUGCGCCCAGAAGCGCAUCCCGCUGCUCUUCCUGCAAAACAUUACCGGGUUCAUGGUGGGCCGGGACGCGGAAGCGGGCGGUAUCGCGAAGAACGGUGCCAAGAUGGUGACGGCGGUCGCGUGUGCCAACGUGCCGAAGCUGACGCUCAUCAUCGGCGGGUCGUACGGGGCGGGCAAUUACGGCAUGUGCGGUCGGGCGUACUCGCCCCGCUUCCUCUACAUGUGGCCGAACAGUCGCAUCUCGGUGAUGGGCGGCUCGCAGGCGGCCGGUGUGCUGGCCCAAAUCACCGAGGAGCAGUACCGCCGGACCGGGCGCGAAUGGACGGAGGAGAUUGGCAAUCGCAUCAAGGCGCCGAUCGUGCAGCAGUUCGAGGCGGAGGGAUCACCGUACUACAGUACCGCCCGGCUGUGGGACGAUGGCAUCAUCGAUCCGGUCGAUACGCGCCGCGUGCUGGGGCUUAGCUUGCAGGCGGCCCUCAACCAGCCGGUCGGCGAGACUCGCUUCGGCGUGUUCCGCAUGUAGAGGAAGGAAAGAGAUAGGCAGUGAUCCACACAGCGAAAGCUUCAAACAUUGGACGCGAAAACCAGGUGUUGCAUUUAUCUAGCUCGUAAGCGUGAGUAACAGUUACAGACUUGGCCAGCGAUUGGCUACACAGACGAAUAACGUACGAAAUUUGUACCGACACACAGAAACGAUACAUUGCAUCUAAUGCAUUCCAUGCGUCUUCCAGUAGCGCAACAACAGAGUAGCACCAAGUGCGGGAAAAUGGUUUGAUAAGAAUAUUAUUUUGAAAAAAUGUGCCUUUAUCUGCCAUAAAAUAUAUACAUUGCAAAUAUA